AUGAACCAAAUCACUCCAAAGAUUUCUGAUUUUGGCUUAGCCAAAUUGUGUUCCAAGAAUCGUAGUUUGGUGUCCAUGACAGCUGCUAGAGGAACCUUGGGAUACAUUGCACCUGAAGUUUUCUCCAGGAACUUCGGAAAUGUGUCCUAUAAGUCUGAUAUUUACAGUUACGGAAUGUUGCUGUUAGAAAUGGUUGGAGGAAGGAAGAAUGUAGAUAUGUCAUCCGCACAAAAUUUCCAUGUUCUGUACCCAGAUUGGAUCCAUAACCUGGUUGAUGGAGACAUACACAUCAAUGUUGAGGAUGAAGGUGACGCUAAAAUUGCGAAGAAGCUAGCCAUUGUUGGACUUUGGUGCAUUCAGUGGCAGCUAGUGAACUGUCCAUCCAUAAAAUCUGUCCCUCCUCCACCCGUAGCUCCUGCACCUAUACUUUCUUCAUCUGCAGGUGCUGAGAAUAUACAUGCCCAUACAAACAAUAUUGCACCUACAGCCACUUCUGCCCCAUCCCCAGUUGAUGCACCCAACCCUAGUCCAUCACCUGCCAUUGCAUCAGCACCUUCCCCAGGAGCUACAUUGCCUUCAGUAUCAUCAGUACCAUCACCACUACCUUUGGUCUCACCUACAUUACCCUCAAGGUCUCCAGCACUAUCACCAUUAUCAGUGCCUUCUAGAGUCCGUCAUACACCAGCUGGGGAAGACCAAGAAGUGCAUAUUCAGGAAGGUGAUGCACAAUCAAACAUUGAGGAGGAUCAUCCACUUGGCACUAAUCUUCCUAUCAUAUCACCUUAUGGUCUAGGGUAA